GCUCCCGCCGGCCCCAUGCGCUCCGCCGGCGGCCCCGGGAACGGCAGCGAGUGGCGGGCGGCAGAGGGCGGCGGCGUGGGGGGGCCGGAGCCCUGGUCCCGGGCGCCCAACGCCAGCGGGGCGGGGGCGGGGGCGGGGGGCGACGGGCGCGACGAGGAGCUGGCCAAGCUGGAGAUCGCGGUGCUGGCGCUGGCCUUCGGCGCGGCCGUGCUGGGCAACGGCGCGGUGCUGCUGGCGCUGCGGCGCUCGGCGCGGCCGGCCUCGCGCAUGCACCUCUUCAUCCGGCACCUGAGCCUGGCCGACCUGGCCGUGGCCUUCUUCCAGGUGCUGCCGCAGCUGUGCUGGGACGUGACGUACCGCUUCCGCGGCCCCGACGGGCUGUGCCGCGUGGUGAAGCACCUGCAGGUCUUCGGCAUGUUCGCCUCGGCCUACGUGCUGGUGGCCAUGACGGCCGACCGCUACCUGGCCGUGUGCCACCCGCUGCGCACGCUGCGCCAGCCGGCCCGGCGCUCGCGGGGCAUGGUGGCGGCGGCCUGGGCGCUCAGCUUCGUGCUCAGCACGCCGCAGUACUUCAUCUUCUCGCUCAGCGAAGUGCGCAGCGGCGUCUACGACUGCUGGGCGCACUUCAUCACGCCCUGGGGGUCCCGCGCCUACGUCACCUGGAUCACGGGCGGCAUCUUCGUGGCCCCCGUGCUGGUCCUGGCCACCUGCUACGGCUUCAUCUGCUCCCGCAUCUGGAGCAACGUGCGGGGCAAGACGCGGCCGCCGGGGCCCGGGGCGAGGGCGAGGGCGGGCGCGGGGGUGGGCUUCCCCUGCGUGAGCAGCGUCAAGAGCAUCUCGCGGGCCAAGAUCCGCACGGUGAAGAUGACCUUCGUCAUUGUGUCGGCUUACGUGGUGUGCUGGGCGCCCUUCUUCACCAUCCAGAUGUGGUCCGUCUGGGACCAGCACUUCGAAUGGGUCGAUUCUGAAAACACUGCAGUUACAGUAACUGCUUUGUUGGCCAGCCUGAAUAGUUGUUGCAAUCCAUGGAUCUACAUGUUCUUUAGUGGUCACCUCCUGCAAGACUGUAUACAAGGCUUCCCUUGCUGUCGAAAAAUAAAGCACCCACUCAAUAAAGAAGAUUCUAACAGCACCAGAGGAAGACAGACUUCUUUUACCAACAACAGAAGCCCAACCCAGAGUUUGGACACUUCGAAGGAUUCACUCAACUUAAAAUCCACCAGAACAACUCCCAUUCCAACUUGAGCCAUUGACCACAGAACAGAAAAGUAUCGGCACUUGUGACUAUUGCAGCCCUUAUGACUCUUAAACAGCAUAGCACUUUAAACUGGUCAAAGGCACUAAUAAUGUUAACAAGGAGCUCUAAAAGUAACCAUAAAAUGAAAGGUAUUAUAUUGCUAAAUAAACUCUCUUGCACUGCUGUAAAGGAAGGCUAUAAAUUAUUUUUCUGAAAAAUAUUAAUGACAUAAAGAAAAGUAGAACUUGUGCACUAGUAGUGUAGGGAUACAGAUGGGUGCCUGGGGUACAAAGUCGGUCAGAGGAUGACUUUUGGUUCCUUCACAAUCACCUGGCUACCAGCAGCAGCUGCUUUUUCAGCCCCCUCAUGCUUCCAAGUCAGCAUCAGGGCAGUUGCCCUGUUUGCCUAGCCCUAGUUAUGCCAGUGUUAGGCACCUGAUCUAGAAGGAAUGCCAGUGGCCAUUAUUUUCUAAACAGAGUUAAUGUUAUCUUUUAUUUGUUUCCACAACAACUAGUACUAACAUGUUGGCCUAGAAGCAAUUUAGAUUGCAACAUUACUUUAACAUAGGAAGAGAAAUGUAACCAUUCCCGUUGCAUUACCUUUCCAAACAGUAUUGAAUCAUAGAAAAGUAGGGUUGGCAGGGACCUCAGGAGGUCAUCUAGUCCAACCUCCUGCUCAGAGCAGAACCAUCCCCAACUAGAUCAUCCCAGUCAAGGCUUUGUCUAGCCGGGUCUUAAAUAUAAACCUCCAGGGAUGGAGAUUCCACAACUUCUCCGGGUAACCUGUUCCACUAUGUUACUACCUUCCUCAUGAAAAAGUGUUUUCUUAUAUCUAACCUAAACUUCUCUUGCUACAACUUGAGAUCAUUGCUCCUUGUUCCAUAAUCUGCCACCACAGAGAACAGUCUAGCACCAUUCUCUUUGUAAACACCCUUCAGAUAGCUGAAGGUUGCUAUUAAAUCCUCUUUCAGUCUUCUCUUCUCUAGACUAAAUAAGUCCAGUUCCCUCAGCCUCGCCUCAUAAGUCAUGUGCCUCAGCCUCCUAACUAUUCUUGUUGCCCUCCGCUGGACUCUCCAAUAAUAACUGAGAGUGGCUGCAGUUGUUUGUUUUAAGAUUCCAGUCCUGCAGUCUGUAGUCAUGCAAAUCUUCCAUUGUGUAUGGACCGUAGGCCUGGAUUGUGGGGGCAAAUCCUGCUUUUAUUUAUAUUGAUGGAAGUUUUCCUUUAGUACAAUCAGGAUAAAACACCUGCUUUUAAUGCCUUUGCCACUCUCUAUUCUUUAAUUAAAAGUCAAAGAAAAAGUGCAGUGGAAAGAACCUCUUGAACCAACACCAGUACAAAAAAAACCCCCAGCCUGACUUAAGAUCAGAGACUGUUUUUGUUUUUUUUACUGGGAUGGGUAGGAUCUGACCCCUUAAAUGCCACAGUUGUUUCUUCCUUUUGCAGACAGUCCCACUGAGGUCAACUGAAUGAUACUCCUGACUGAUAUUUACAGUAUUUGUAUAUUCCAAUAUGUAAAUUCAGUCCUUCUCAAACCUUUUCUGAGAACACACAGGAAUUGGAAAUGCUCGCUUUUGGCAAAUCAUAAUUAAUUUUCUCACUGAAUUACAAGUUUCAAUAAUGGCUAUAAAUUAUUGUUUAACAAAAACAUAAUUCAGUUAGCUUUUCUGAAAUACUCAAAACGUGCCAAUAUACUACUCUGAUGUGCCUCAUCAAUAUUGGUCUUUCUAACAUCUAAGUACUUUAAGAUAAUUAUCAUGACAUUUGGGUUUCAAGGUUCCUUGACUUUUGCUAUGUUCCCUGCAACACUGAGGCUGGUAAGACCUUAAAAUUAUACCUACUACA